AUGAUAGCCACUCAACAAAGUAUUAUUGAUAAAUUGAUUGAUAUAUGUUGGAAGCGAGUAAGAGGAACUUCUGACUUUAUAUUUUUAUCUCAGAUAAGGCCUAUUAUCAAUGAAAUCCAAGAUAUAUUACAGAAAGAUUCACUAUUUAAUGAACGAGAAAAUGAAAUUAUCAAACAGUUUAUACAAAGUGAUCCCAUGAAGAAACUUCAGAAACAGGAGCUCAAAAAGUUUAUAGAUCGGUCUGUUGAGUUUGGGAAUUUUGAGAUAUUUUUACUCAACAGGCAUAGACUAACGUCUCAGGAUAUUAAACGACGAAUUGAACAAAAUAGCUUUUUGAAUGAUUCUAUGACAGACACUAAAAUACCAAGACUCUUGCCUACUCGUGAGUACAAGUACAAAGUUUGGGAUGAGUUGAGACAAAGAGACGACUAUAUCAAAGAAAAAACACAAGCUUUAGACUCGAAAGACUUGAAGUAUUCACAGUUAUUGUCACAGAUUGAUGAACAGCACCUUACAGUAAAGGCCCUCAAGGGUGAAAAUCUUACACUCAAGAAGCACAUACGAGAGCUCGAAUCACAACUAUCGAAACAACCACCAGUGAACGCAACAAAUGCUGUUUACGGUUUGCAAUUAAAAGAACGUGAUUUGACUAUCAAAAAAUUGGACCAAGUUGGCAAGGAGUAUAAAAAACGUAUAGGUCAGUUGGAACAGCAACAACUCGAAGCAAGUAAGGCUAUGAACAUACUCAAACAAAGCAUACUUGAGCAGGACAAAUUAGUGGGAAAACUAAAAGAGAAGUUGAUAAAUAAAACUAAUGAUGACAAAUCUAAUCUAAAAAAGUUCAUAACUAGCUUACCUAUAAUAAAGCAAUGGUACAUUUUACUUAAAUACAAGAUGGAUAAUAGAAACACCAAAAUGCUUGCUUUGAAUAUAAUGUUGCUCAUUGUAACUGCGUGGUUGUUUGGAAUGGUCUUACAGAUGACCUAUCGCACAGGAAUAUUGUUGUUUUCUACAUCACCCAGUCCAGCAACCUAUAUUUACGAUAAUUAUGGGAGAAAUAGACUAAGCUUUAGACUUGGGUUUGAUUUAUGGCGAAAUAUUCCUUGGCUUGAGAAGCUAAUCUAUCACUAUCUCGAGUGGUGA